AUGCCUCUCAAGCCAGGCAUCAUCGCGGAGCCUCCGGCGCCCCCUCCCCACCUUCUCCGUCCACAGUCUCGGUCUUCUCGCUUGCUCUAUGCUGCCGUAAUCGCUCUUUCAUUCGGCUAUUAUCUGCUUCUUCACCAGCGUUCCUCCUUCGAUUACGCCACCCUCCGCUCGGGCUGCACACGAGGUUCAAACCAAGGCUCAACUCGCACGCGCGUUCCCUCUGGCUCCAACAAUCCCGCAUACCUCAUCCGGGCUACCCAUGGCGCAGCGGGUGGAAACGCGGUGGAUGCGGCGGUCACUACGACUUUAUGUACCGGAGUGGUGAACAUGUUCUCGUCUGGCAUUGGUGGAGGAGGGUUCAUGACGGUUCGCGUCCCACCCUCAAGUCCAAAUGUAUCGUCGGAAGUCUAUGCCAUCGACUUCCGCGAAACCGCGCCCGCGCUCAGCAACGAGACAAUGUACGUCGACAACCCUUUGGCAUCGCGAUUUGGCGGCGAACUUCGCGGUCUUGAAGAAGCUCAUCGGCGAUGGGGCAUCUUGCCAUGGAAGCAACUGGUUGAGCCUGCAGCACGAUUGGCAGCGGGAUGGAUUGUUCAACCGGAACUUGAGCGUAGGAUGACUUGGUUCCCCGAUAUGAUGCUCAACGAUUCCGAUUGGAGUUCCAUCUUCGCGCCCAACGGCCGCCUUCUGCGUGCAGGUGAAAGCAUCCAUCGGACCAACCUUUCACGAACGCUCUAUACCAUCGCGGAAGAGGGACCCGACGCCUUUUAUAAGGGUCCUAUUGCCGACGCCUUCUUAACAAAGGUUCGGUCCACGGAAGGCAUCAUGACGCACGAAGACAUGGAGGGCUACACGGUCAAGGUUUCUCGGGCUCUAAAGGGUACUUACCGUGGCAAGAAAGUCUACGUCCCACAUGCACCCACGUCUGGUCUUGUUCUCCUUCACAUGUUGAACCUAUUGGAGCACUACGGCGACUUUGUGGAGGAAGGGAGGACUGUGCUGAAUGCACAUCGGUUCCUUGAGGCCAUGAACCCGGACUGGAUUGGUGACCCGGCAUUCCACGACAGCGUCGAGCACAUCAACUCCAUCCCAACGAAGGCAUACGCGGAUCAAGUUUUCCCGAACGUCACGGACGACCGUACCCACUCCCCGGAGUAUUAUAACCCCGUCUAUGACGCUGUUGAAGAUCACGGUACUAGCCAUUCGUCCGUUGUCGAUGCCAACGGCAUGUCUGUCUCAAUUACGAGCACGGUGAACCUCAUUUUCGGCUCGGGAGUCAUGGACCCUGUGACAGGCGUGAUCCUGAAUGACGAGAUGGAUGACUUCUCCACCCCCGGCAUACCGAACGCUUUCGGUCUUUACCCGUCACCGUUCAACUAUCCGGAGCCGGGCAAGCGACCACUGUCCUCUACAGCUCCGAUCAUAAUUGAAAGCGAAGACGGAGCGUUCUACGCCUCCCUGGGGGGCUCCGGUGGCUCCCGCAUUUUCCCUGCAGUGUUCCAGACACUCCUCAACCUAGACUGGGGAAUGGACGUCAGUGCGGCCAUAGAAUACGGGCGCAUGCAUGACCAGCUGUUCCCCUUAAUCGUCGACACCGACGACAGUCUCCCCGUCACUCUUUUGGAUGGCCUUCGGCAGCUCGGGCACAACAUAUCCGUUGCGGACUCAUCGCGCGUUGCCGCGGUUAUCCAGGGUAUCGUCAAGGUCAACGGUACCUUAUUUGCUGCGAGCGACUCAAGGAAGAAUGGCAUCGCUGCCGGAUACUGA